CCGCCGCGUGUGGUGGCUGGCUAGCUUCAUUCCCUCGGGAAUAUACGGCGGCACUUGACUAGUAUCUAUCCAUCCAUCUCCUCUGACAUACCUCGAGAGAUCCCGUUCGCCGGAGCGGAGAGAUCCGAUCGGAUCGGAUCGGAUCGGGUCGCGUCGCCAUGGCCAUGAACACGAGCAAGGCGGCGACGUCGGACAAGGGGCUGCAGGACAUCGACGACUGGCUGCCCAUCACCUCCUCCCGGAACGCCAAGUGGUGGUACUCGGCCUUCCACAAUGUCACCGCCAUGGUCGGCGCCGGCGUCCUCAGCCUGCCCUACGCCAUGUCCGAGCUCGGAUGGGGUCCUGGCGUGGCGGCGAUGAUCCUGUCGUGGGCGAUCACCCUGUACACGCUGUGGCAGAUGGUGGAGAUGCACGAGUGCGUGCCCGGCAAGCGCUUCGACCGGUACCACGAGCUGGGCCAGCACGCCUUCGGCCAGAAGCUGGGCCUCUGGAUCGUCGUCCCGCAGCAGCUCGUCGUCGAGGUCGGCGUCUGCAUCGUCUACAUGGUCACCGGCGGCAAGUCGCUCAAGAAGGUGCACGACCUGCUCCGCCCGGAGCACAGCCACCCCAUCCGCACCAGCUACUUCAUCUGCAUCUUCGGCUCCGCCCACUUCCUCCUCUCCCAGCUCCCCAACUUCAACUCCAUCACCGGCGUCUCCCUCGCCGCCGCCGUCAUGUCGCUCAGCUACUCCACCAUCGCCUGGGCUGCCUCGCUGCACCACGCCGGCAAGGCCGGGCCCGGCCACGUGGUCGACUACAGCAUGACGGCGUCCACCACCCCCGGCAGGACCUUCAACUUCCUGAGCGCGCUCGGGGACGUGGCGUUCGCCUACGCCGGCCACAACGUGGUGCUGGAGAUCCAGGCCACCAUCCCCUCCACGCCCGAGAAGCCGUCCAAGAAGCCCAUGUGGCGGGGCGUCGUCCUGGCCUACAUCGUCGUCGCCAUCUGCUACCUCCCCGUCGCCUUCCUUGGCUACUACGUCUUUGGCAACGCCGUCGAUGACAACAUCCUCAUCACCCUCGAGAGGCCCCGCUGGCUCAUCGCCGCCGCCAACAUGUUCGUCGUCAUCCACGUCAUCGGCAGCUACCAGAUCUAUGCGAUGCCGGUCUUCGACAUGCUCGAGACCUUCCUGGUGAAGAAGCUGAGGUUCAAGCCCGGGUGGCCUCUUCGUCUCAUCGCACGCUCGCUCUACGUUGCAUUCACCAUGAUCGUUGGCAUCGCCAUCCCCUUUUUCGGUGGGCUACUAGGGUUCUUUGGUGGUUUUGCAUUUGCCCCAACAACCUACUUCCUUCCCUGCAUUAUGUGGCUGGCAAUCAAGAAGCCAGUGAGGUUCAGCAUGUCGUGGUGCAUCAACUGGAUCUGCAUAAUCAUCGGCGUGCUUCUGUCCGUUUUGGCGCCCAUCGGAGGCCUCCGUUCCAUCAUCAUCAACUACAAGACGUACCAAUUCUUCUCAUGAUCUGCUGGAAACGUGCAUGCAGCAGUCCAGCUAGCUACUUAGAUGCAGCGUAUUAUAUGCAUAGUGUGUGUUACCUUGUCAUGUUUAAAUUAGGCCAAAGAAAUAUUCGUGUGUUUGUGGAUGUUGCUCGAUCAGUUUGUGAUAAUUAAAGAGGAUCAAUGCCUAAAUGGAGGUUCUCUCUUUAGAUAUUUGUGGGAAUGUCAGUUUGGUAACCUA